AUGCCUACAAAAGUUCCGCCAGAGAGACCUAGCCCGCGCAGUGCACUUCUGCAUCGCGAUUCUCAUUUUAUUCCAAAGAAAGCCGUCGGAGGACAAGGAUGUUACAUCUUUUUAGAGGACGGAACGAAAUUCCUGGACUCUACAGGGGGAGCUGCCGUCUCAUGUCUCGGGCAUGGCAAUAAACAGGUUCAAGCUGCGAUUCAGAAGCAAGCAGACCAAAUAUCCUAUUGCCAUACGGCUUUCUUCGGCACAGAUGUAUCUGAGGAGCUCGCGCAGUUCCUCGUGGACUCUACCGGAGGAAAGCUGUCCAAAGUAUUCAUUGUCAGUUCUGGCUCCGAGGCUGUGGAAGCCGCUCUGAAAUUGGCUCGGCAAUAUUUCCUGGAGCUCCCAGCCCCUCAGCCUCAACGUACUCGUUUCAUCUCCCGUUUACCGUCCUACCAUGGUACAACGCUGGGUGCUUUGGGGGUGGGUGGCCACGUCCUUCGGAGAGAGCCAUUUGAGCCAUUGCUCCCAGUGACCACAUCCCACGUAUCGCCCUGCUUUGCGUAUAGAGGGAAAUCAGACGGGGAGUCCGAUGCUGACUACGUGAGCCGACUGGCAGUCGAACUGGAUGAAGAGUUCCAGCGUGUGGGCCCAGAAAAUGUCUGCGCAUUCAUUGCUGAACCCGUCGUCGGUGCCGCACUUGGCUGCGUUCCAGCCGUUCCAGGCUAUUUCCCCGCUAUGAAAGCAGUUUGUGAGAAAUAUGGAGCGCUCUUCAUCCUUGACGAGAUCAUGAGCGGCAUGGGUCGUUGCGGCACUCUCCACGCUUGGGAGCAAGAAAACGUCGUGCCUGAUAUUCAAACGAUUGGUAAAGGGCUUGGCGGGGGUUAUGCUCCUGUUUCCGGCAUUCUGAUCAACGAUUCAAUCGUGCAGGUCCUGGAUAAGGGCACGGGGGUUUUUCGACACGGACAGACCUACCAAGGCCACCCAAUCUCAUGCGCCGCGGCACUAGCUGUUCAAAAGAUCGUCCACGAGCAGGGACUGUUGGCCAAUGUUCGUGCAAUGGGGGCCUAUCUCGAAAGUCACUUGCGUGAACGGCUCGGAGACCAUCCGCAUGUCGGAGAUAUUCGCGGCAAAGGGCUAUUCUGGGGGCUCGAGCUAGUAAAGGAUAAAAGGUCCAAAGAGCCUUUCGAGACAAAAGACCGACUUGCAUUUCUCAUCCAGGAGAAGGGCCUGCAACAUGGCGUCUCUCUAUAUAGCUCGCCCGGUACGGUAGAUGGCAUCCGCGGUGACCAUGUGAUCAUAGCACCUCCGUUCAUUGUGUCAAAAGAAGAGAUUGAUAUCAUAGUUGAUACGACUGCCGUCGUUCUCGAAGAAGUGCUGGCUGGACUUGCAUCCUCAUGA